CUGAGGAAGUUGUGAAGGUGCCUCGCAAACGGAACGUCCGCGCAGUUUAGAAUCUGUCACCCGAUCGUAAGGUGCUACAAUCGCUUAAAAGGAGCUCAGUUCUCAUUAAACAAUAGAUACAUCUAAAUAAUAAUAAUCAACUCAACCAUGAAAUUGGCUAUAAUAUUCGAGGCUUCGUUCUUGGUGAUCUGCUGGUCUCAAGCUGUCAGCAGUCAUGUGUUUGGCUACUCGGAGCCCAACCAACGACGCUGGGCCCGCCAUCAUGGCCACUGUGCCGGCAAGACACAGUCGCCCAUUGCCAUCACCACCAGCCGGACCAUACCCGUACAUAUGCCUGCCGUGGAUAUGAUUGGCUACCACAACCUUCUGCCGUAUCCCCUGAAAAUGGUCAACAACGGACACACGGUCUCCAUCGGCAUACCCAAGGUCAAUGCGAGCAACGCGGAGGAGGACUUCCUGCCCUACAUUCGGGGGGCGAAGCUGUCCGGCGAAUACGAGGUGGAGGGCCUGCACUUCCACUGGGGCGACAAGAACAACCGGGGCUCCGAGCAUGUCAUCAACGACAUCCGCUACACCAUGGAGAUGCACAUUGUGCAUCGCAACAAGAAGUACGCGACUAUCGGGGAGGCUCUCAAUCAUCCUGAUGGCGCUGCCGUUCUCGGAUUCUUCUUCAAUCUCGACGAGGACGAAGGUCAGGGUUUGGUGACCAUUAAUCGUCAUUUGCAUUUGAUAGCCGACGCCAACCAGGAGGCCACCCUUAAUGUCACCUUCUCCCUGUCAUCCCUGAUAGCCGGCGUCGACGUGGACAAGUUCUACACCUACAAGGGUUCCCUGACAACGCCCCCCUGCUCGGAGGCCGUCACCUGGAUCCUGUACUCCGAUCCAAUUCCCAUCUCCCCGAAGCAGAUCUCUCGCUUCCGUCAGCUAUCGGACACGCAAGAUGGGGCGCUGGUGGACAACUUCCGAACCCUGCAGCCGGUGGGCAAUCGACGAAUCUUUGCACGCACCGGACACGUGCGGCACACCUCGAUUGCGGCCCUAAAGCACGAGGGCGACUAUCUCAAGUACGACUGGUUCUACUGAACUCGAACUGUGGCCGGAUGUAGCAGGAGCACUGUGCCAUGCCAUGUUUAGGUUACCUUCUAAGAUUAGCAUUUAUUACUCGUACUUUACACUAACAGUUAGCCGUAAGCAGCUGGAACACCAUCCAGGGUAUAAAUUAAACAAACACUCUUCGUCCUA